AAUGGCGCCAGCUUUGACUUCAAGCGCUCCUACAGCUCCACACAAGCUCUCCGCGCCUCAACCUUUUCCUAAUAACAAAGCUCCCCGUAGUAUCUAUCCUGAUGGAAUUAAAACUUCAGGCCAACAUGCUCCACUCUACGAGCAGCUUCGUUCCUACUCAGACUUCCCCAAAGAAAUCACCGGUCAAACUGUCUGGAACGCUAUCGAAUAUGAGAACAACCCUGAGCGUUGGACACAUGUAUUCACGCCCGAGGAACUGCAAGAAAUCAGUGACACAGCGGAUGUAUUCAUCUCUUCAGGUACACCCUUGACGGGCAUCUCUCAGGAAAACUUCCCGCUUCCCAAAUUCGCCGAAUUUCUAGGCGUGCUCCGCAAAGAGAUUAUCGACGGCAAAGGCUUCAUUCUCUUCAAAGGUCUUCCAGUCCAGCAAUGGCGCAACUACAAAUCGGCAGUCGCCUACAUGGGCCUCGGAACGUACCUGGGCUACUUUGUUUCCCAGAAUUCACGUGGUCACGUGCUCGGUCACGUCAAGGAUCUCGGAGAAGAUUCCACACAGAUUGACAAAGUGCGCAUCUACCGUACAAACGCGCGUCAAUUUUUCCACGCCGACGACUCUGAUAUUGUGGGGUUGCUUUGCAUCGCCAAAGCUUUGGAGGGCGGCGAGAGUGAUCUUGUUAGCAGUCACAGCGUUUGGAACGAUUUGCAGCAGAAUAAUUCAGAUGUGGCCGAGCUUCUGACGCAGCCAAUUUGGUACUUUGAUAGAAAGGGCGAGACAAGCAUUGGGCAGGAGGAGUGGAUCAAAACAUCUGUAUUCUAUCUCGAAACCGGGGACAACCCAAGGGUGUACUCAAAAUGGGAUCCGUACUACGUCCGCAGCCUCACCCGGUUCUCGGACGCUGGCCUCAUUCCGGCCCUCUCCCCUGAACAACAACGGGCUAUCGAAAUUCUUGAGGCAACCUGCGUCAAACAUUCUCUACACAUGAUCCUCGACAUUGGCGACAUUCAAUUCCUUUCUAAUAACCACAUCCUGCAUGCCCGAACUGCAUACAAGGACUACCCAGCCCCAGCGCCUAGACGACACUUGAUGAGAUUGUGGUUGAGUACGCCUGAGGAGGAGGGUGGUUGGAAACUUCCGUUCCACGAUAGCAAAGAGAAGAAACGUGGAGGUAUCCAAGUCAAUGAUACCGCGCCUGUUGCACCUGAGGAUGCGGAGUAG